CCGGUGCCUUCGUCAAGGUCGUUGGCGAUCGUCCGUUCAAUACAUGACCGCCACUCGUGCGCACAUCAGUACGGGGUAGCAUACAGCAUGGACAAGACUUUGAUAGUGUUUGCGUGCCUUUGUGGCUUCGCCGCCGCUCAAUUCAAUAACUUCGGCAGCUUUGGUGCCUCAUCAAACGCCGGAGCCUACAACAACUACAACAGAGGCCAGCAGCCGCAGAACAGACAGGUCCAGGAAGCACCCAGACCCACUGGAGUGUGCAAGGAGCUGAACGAACGGUACCCCGUGUCUGGAAGCUGCGACAAAUAUGUCGAAUGUCUUAACGGAACUGCUGAAGAAAAGCUGUGCCCUGACGGUCUUCGCUUCAACCCCAACGUGAACUUCAACGUGUACCCGUGUCAAUACCCCAACGAAGUGUCAUGCCUCGAGCGAUCCGCGCUACAGCCUGCCCAGCCGACUGAACAAUGCGAGCACCAGUUUGGAUACUACAAACUCGGAGACACCCGCAAUUGCAGUUACUUCAGAAACUGUGUCAAUGGAGUAGGUUACGACUUCCAGUGCCCUGAAGGUCUUGCCUGGAGCUCAUCUUCCUACCGCUGCGAGUGGCCUGAUGAGGUCGACGACUGUGAUGCUGAAGCUUUCCUCGGAUUCCGUUGCCCCGAGGUCCCUGUCUCCAAGGAGCUGGGUGCCCCCGCUGGCUUCAGAUACUACAGGGCCGAAAACAACUGCCAGAAAUACUUCCUCUGCAUCGGCUCCAAGCCCCGUGUGCUCUUCUGUGGCACCAACACAGGUUAUGAUGAGCUGACGAACACCUGUGUCUCAGCUGACGAAGUCCCUGCCUGCCCUUCAGAACUCAGGGCCCAAGCUGCCCGCGUCAGGGAGGAAGAAAAACAACUCCUCGCCAAAGAACUGGAAUUCAACGCCAAAACGACAAACAAGAGGCGCAACAUUCAGGUAAUCCUAUCGGAAGAUGCGCAGUAUGUGCGGAGUCCCAUUUGCCAACAGAAAAAUGGUUACUACAAAGUGGACGCUAGCUGCGACGCUUACGUAGAGUGCCUCAAUUACCAAGCCAUUGACAUGGUCUGCCCUGAUGGUCUUCACUACGACCUUGAAGCUAAAUGGCCUGGCUACCCCUGCGGAUAUCCUAUGGAUGUACCCUGUGUAGGCCGUGGUGCUGCCCAGGCAGCUCAGCCAACAGCAGAAUGCCCUCACCAGUACGGCUACUUCCCAUCACCCCUCGCCACGGUAAACUGUGGCCAGUACCGUAUGUGUAUCGGAGGCAAGGCUAUAGAAAUGAACUGCCCCGCUGGUCUGGCCUUCAACCCUGAAUCUGGACGGUGCGACUGGCCUGACCAGGUCCCUUCAUGCAAAGCUGAUGACUUCCUCGGAUUCUCCUGCCCUGCUCCCCCAGUUGAUGCUGACGGUGCGCCCUUGGACGUCGUCCUAAACUACAAAUACAACAACAACUGCUACUAUUUCUUCUCGUGUGCCAAGGGACAUGCUCGGCUACUCGCCUGUGAUGAGGGUCUUGCCUUCGACCCUGCUUCGGGAAAGUGCAUCGAAGCUGAAUACGUCGACUGCGGAUCCAACCAUUAAUAACUGCUUUAAAUAAUUAAUAGU